AUGGUCACGCCUUCGGACACAUCCCAAUUAGAGGUGCCGCCUGCUCUGAGCACAUUUGAGAACGUCAUUCUUCCCAACAUUGACGACUACGCCAGAUGGGAUAUACGAAUUGAAGGAGGAAAGGCAGUGUCUCGAGUCCCGUCAUCAUCGUCAUCCCCUCCCAGUCUCCUCCUCCCAGCUCUAUGCCAUCCUCAUGUUCACCUCGACAAGCCCUACAUCCUUACUUGCAACCACGACUCUUCUUCGUACCCGGACUACACCGAUCUAGCACCCCAGUCAGGCAGCUUCCACGAGGCCCUCACAAACACUUCUGCCGCUAAGGCACGGUACACCACCGAGGACCUGUACCGCAGGGGGUCUCAGCUGCUCGCCGAGAGCUACGCCCGGCACGGAGUGACCUCGAUGCGCGCCUUCGUGGAGGUCGACCACGUUGUCGAGUUCAAGACGCUCGAGGCUGCCGUCCGGCUCAAGCGGGACUUUGCACACCUCGUCGACGUGCAGAUCUGUCUGUUCGCCCAGGACCCCAUCUUCUCUACUGCGCACGGCCCGGAGAACCGUCGGCUCGUGGUGGAGGCACUGGACACGUAUUCGAACGUCGUCGAAGCGUUAGGCACGACGCCCUAUGUCGAGCAGGCUUCUCAUUCCGGCAGCAAGGCAGAGAUGGAGACCAAAAACAUCAAGUGGGCAGUCGACACGGCGCUGGAGAGGGGCCUGCACUUGGACUUCCAUCUGGACUACAAUCUCGACGAAACGCAGGCGUCUUCUCUGUCGCAGGUUAUCUCCCAGGCACGGAGCAGCAACUGGGCCGACAAGUCCAAAGCUGGGAAGACCAUCGUGAUAGGCCACUGCACACAGCUGACCACUCAACGAACGGGCCAUCUCCAGGAGAUAGCAGCGCUCAUCAAGGAGGCACCGGAGCUCCCGAUCCAUUUCGUGGGUCUGCCAACGAGCGAUCUGUUCAUGAUGGGGCGACCAGGUCCCCAAAUUGAGACAGAGGACGGCAAGGCGCACCACCUGCCUCAUUCACGUCCCAGAGGCACGAUGCAGAUCCCUUCCAUGAUCAAGGAUUUUGGUCUCGCUGGAUGUCUCGGGGUGAACAAUGUCGGCAAUGCCUUUACACCAUUUGGCGACGGCGACCCGCUGCAGCUGGCAUGCUGGGGAACCGGCGUCUACCAGGCCGGUACGGCAGAGGACGCCCAGCUGCUGUACGAGUGCGUAAGCCAUCGUGCGAGAAGGGCUAUUGGGCUGCUCCCAGAUCACGAGCCUGAAGACACGUUUGGGGUUUGCCUGCCAAGUCUCCUGGUACGAAAUCGACAAGAUAUUGUGCUUCCUGGGAGGAAUGGGGAGACGAUGAUAGUGCCGGCGAGACCAAGGUUGAGUGUCAAGGAUGUCGUCUGGGACCCGCCAGAUAGCAUGCUUCGCCAAGUCAUCAGAUGA